UGACAAACCCCUCACCACCUCUCUCACACAAACACACAGUUGUUGAAAAUGGCAUCCCUCUCUCUCCUCCGCAUCGCCAACCCGACCCGAAUCCCCACUCUCCCCCACCCCCUCCGCUCCACCCUCCCCACCCCAACUCUCCGCCGCUUCACUCCCCACCUCAAACCCCUCAAAAUCUCCGCCUCCGCCUCCUCCACCCCCGUCCCCGACCGCCUCAUCUCCGCCGCCGCCUACUUCUUCCCCCUCUUCAACGGCCUCCAGUACGGCUCCUUCCUCUUCCAACAAUACCCACGAAUCCUGGGCCCCAUUCUGGGCCCCAUCCUCCCCUUCUUCAACGCCUAUCGCUCCAUUCCCUACGCCAGCUACGUCGCGUUUCUUGCGCUCUACGUGGGUGUUGUGAGAAAUGAGGGGUUUAGUAGGUAUGUGAGGUUCAAUGCGAUGCAGGCUGUGGUUCUUGAUGUCUUGUUGGUUGUGCCCUUGUUGAUUCAGAGGAUUUUUAGUCCCGGCCGGAGUGGAAUUGGGUUUAAUUUGACGGUUAUUGGGUAUAAUUUCUUGUUUUGCUUUGUGGUGACUUGUUUUGUUUAUAGUUUGGUGCAUUCUGUUUUGGGGAAGACGCCGUAUUUGCCCUUUGUUGCUGAUGCUGCUGGACGACAAUUUUGAGGGUUCGGAUGGUAUGUGGUGUUUCUAAUGAGGAUAGUUUAAUCGCGAAAGUAUUUGUUUCUUACUCAGUGUGUAAUUGAAUUAUGAUGGUUAAUUUUAGUGGUAUUCUAUAUUGACAAUGCGAGAUAGAUAACUGUAAAUGCUCAUGUCGUAUUUGUUCA